UAUUCUUUCACCUUGUUCUCACAGCACCCACAUAUGACAUAGCUAUGGCAUCUGACACAGCUCUGGGUCUGACAGCAUUCACCUUGCUAGUACUCUCCCUGCUCCACCAGUGUGUCCCUCACCCACUAAAUCCUCCGAAUAAUGGACUUCGUAAGUGUCGCACCAACUUGUCCAUUCCAGCCCUGGAGGUGCUCCCAGGCGGGGGAUGGGACAACCUGAGGAACAUGGACAUGGGACGAGUCAUGAACUUCAGCUUCUCCCAGUGCCAGACCACGGAGGACGGAUUCUACCUCAUCCCGGAUGAGGUUUUUGUCAUCCCACAGAAGCUCACUGGUGUGGAGACCAAUUCUGAGAUCAUCAACACUUGGCUGGAACAACGCAGCUCCACGUCUUUCUCAAUCAACUCAGACGUGUCCUUCCUCUCCGUGCUCAAUGCUAAGUUCUCCAUCGAGAAUCAGCGGGUGAAGACUCACCAGGUUAAAGGGAGCUCUGUCACCGCUCGUGUACAAGUGCGUAACUUCCUAUACACGGUAAAGGCUCACCCUGACUUCACUCUGGAUGGGCGCUUUGCCCACCAGGCUGAGGAGAUCGCAGAUGCAAUAGAAAACAACCAGACUCGACAGGCAGCGUAUUUAUCUGAGAAGAUGGUGUUGGACUAUGGAACCCAUGUGAUAACCAGUGUUGAUGCAGGGGCGGCCUUAGUGCAAGAGGACUAUCUCCGUUCAUCUUACGUGUCCGACAGUGAGACGGCAACGUUCUCUGUUUCGGCAUCGGCAGGUCUUAACUUCUUUGAUAAAGUCAAAUUUGACAUUGGCAGCAAGGACACACAAGAGACAUCCGAGUCACAUAGUUAUCAGGGCAACAUCACCUACUCCAUAAUACAGAGUCAUGGUGGGGCUCCCUUCUACCCAGGCAUCACUUUGCAGAAGUGGCAGGAGAGCACCAAGAACAACCUGGUGGGCAUCGACCGGGCAGGACUGCCUCUGCACUACUUCCUCAACCGGAUUACCUUCCCCGAUCUCCCUGAACCAACCAUCGGCAAACUGGCGCUGUCUGUUAGUCAGGCCAUCCAGCGCUACUAUACCAUUAACACACACCCUGGCUGCGUUAAACCAGACUCCAAGAACUUCAACUUCCAAGCCAAUAUGGACGACAGCUCCUGCGAGGGUCCGGCCACCAACCUCAGCUUCGGUGGGGUGUUUCAGGAGUGCACCAAGCUCACUGGGGAUGCAGACCCAAUCUGCCAAGCCCUGGCUCAGAAGAACCCCGACACAGGCUCUUACUCAUGUGGUCAGCCCUACAACGCCACCCUGUUACGCUCUGAGGUGAGAGAGGAGAGCUACAGCACGUAUGAGUGCCACAGGCAUUGCCAUGGCUGCUGGCUGCUUUUAACUUGCUGCGACAACGUCUGUGGAGAUGCCUACCAUGUCCGCUCCGCUCGCAUUGACACCUACUGGUGCUCCACCAAUGAGGCAACCCCAGAGUACUCAGGAUACCUCUUUGGGGGACUCUAUAGCCCAUCCCUGUUGAACCCUCUGACCAAAACUAAGAGCUGCCCUCCAAACUUCAACAUUCAAAUGAAGCUUCUGUCGAACGGUCUGAUGAUCUGCCUGAGCAAUGACUAUGAGACUGCCACCAGGUUUUCAGUCGCCUUUGGAGGCCUGUUCAGUUGCCAGUCUAACAACCCUCUUGCACAGAAUCAACCCCGUUGCCCUCCCCAGUUCAGCCAGCACCUGGCUGCUGUUAGUGAUGGCUGCCAGGUGCUCUACUGUGUCCAGUCUGGCUUGUUCACAGGUGGCCAGCUGCUGCCUGUACGCUUGCCACCUUUCACUCGUCCUCCACUGAUCAGCAUGACUGCCACCAACACGGUGGCUGUGAUGACCGAGGGAGAUCGGGCGUGGGUCAGGGUGGGACAGACCAAGAUGUGGAAGCUGGCCAAGGUGACAGAGAUCCAGAGUAUGGUGCAGGUGUUCGAUCCAGCCUCGGGACAGAUGACAGGGGGGCAGAAGUCUGGUGUGGCCUUUGGAGUAAUUUGCUUGGUUGCCUUGGUGGUGGUUGGGGCUGUGCUGCUGGUGAGACGGAGGAGGGUCUCAAGGUUUGGGAGGGGGAGAGGAUAUGAGGAGAUCCACAGCGAGGGGCAGAGUGAGGGAGGUGUGGAGAGUCAAGAAGAGCAGGGCUCUGAGACAAUGACCCAGACCCUGUUGCCAUGAGACCACCUUCCACACAGUUUACAUAUUAAGAAGAAAACAGCUUUGAGAUAACUCUGCUGUAUUGUAUAAUCAACCUCUCACACUUGCUUUCCCUUUACGAUCAAUAAUCUCAAAUACUGGCUAGGUAUAAGAUGGAAAAUGCACAAAUUUACUGCGACGCAAAUUAUUUAGUAAAAGUCACCAACGUGUUGGCAGCUUCCUGCCUUCACCAGGGGUUUACUACACAAUACAUUAGUACACAACACCACACCACACCACACCAUACAACACAACACAACACAACACAACACAAUACAACACAACACAACACAACACAACACAAAACAACACAACACAACACAACACAACACAACACAACACAACACAACACAACACAACACAACACAAUACAACACAACACAACACAACACAAUACAACACAAUACAACACAACACAACACAAUACAACACAACACAAUACAACACAAUACAACACAACACAAUACAACACAACACAAUACAACACAAUACAAUACAAUACAAUACAACACAACACAAUACAACACAAUACAACACAAUACAAUACAACACAACACAAUACAAUACAAUACAAUACAAUACAACACAAUACUGUUAAUGAAUGUAUGGCAAAAAGGGUGAAAAAAUCUAUUGACCUAUUUUUGAUGUUUUGAGUUAAAUUUUUAUCCUGUGGUUAUGCUUUCAUGCUUUCCAUUGAGAAUGUUUUUACUGAAAUCUACUAUGAUUCAAUAGCAUUAUUGUAUUCUGUUAUAACAUUUUAAUUCGCUUGUGUAUGUGUUGGACAUGAAAAUAAAACAACUAACACAAUA